AUGCUCAACCACCGCAACAUUGUGAAGUUUUACGGUGUUUGUCACAGCCUCUUGACGGGCACCCUGGCGCCUGCGCUUGUCAUGGAAUUCGCCUGUGGUGGGCCACUGAACAAGGUGCUUGCAGAAAGACCACCUAUUGGCCCAUGUACCCUCCUCAACUGGUCCGUUCAGAUCGCCUCCGGCAUGCACUAUCUGCACGAGAAG